GCAGGUUUUCGGUUUAGAAGCGAAAAGUCCUCGCGCGCGGCCGCUCGAGAGUUCAACACAAACUGAACGGCAACUUUUUUUUAAACAUCUUUUCUCUCCGCGCGCACCGGAGCUGAGGGAAAUUAUACUGACCGGAAAUUAUUCACACUGCAGACUACAGACGCGGAGACUCCUGCUGGACUACAAAACACACACACACAAACACACACCGAAUCUGUGCGUAGACAAUGUUUUGCUGCUGAACUCGGCUCGGUUCCGUUUAGUCUCCCGCGCCGCAUCAUACCCUCCCAUAUACAUACAUACAUACAUACAUACGCGCGCCGUCAGGUGCUCGUGAGGGAUACACACGCACGCACACACACUCACGCGCGCUCAUGCACAUUCACGCUCGAGGAUGACAGAUGCACGCGGGCGGCAGGACUCUACACCGUGAGCUCGCGACUGAAAAGCGGAAUCCUCGCGCCUGUGCGUGCAUGUGAGUUGUGUUAUUGCGAGUAGUGAGUUGGACGGCGCGAGCGUGUGGUCGGUGCGCGCGCUCCGCUUUGCAGGAUUAUUCAACUUUUCCUCCAAUUUUUUUAUUUUUAAAUCGCGGCAACCUAUUUGGACCGACUGACCGAGCGACUCUCUCUCUCUCUCUCUCUCUCUCUCACACACACACACACACACUGUGCGCUGCAGCGGGACCGUGAGAUCAUCCGCUCGCUCUGAGGAACUUCAUCUCCGCCAGGACGUAAGAGAAGAAGCGGAGAGUAAAAACAAUCAAAGGGAGUGUGAAAAUAGGAGUAAAGAGAGGAAAGAUGUGUGUGUGGAGCGCGGCGGUGUGUUUGGCGGCGGCGCUCGCGCUUCUCGGGGUCGGCGGGUCGCACGCGCAGCUUUGCCCGGCUCAGUGCUCGUGCGUCGGGACCACCGUGGACUGUCACGCGCAGGGACUGCGGAGCGUUCCGCGAGACAUCCCGCGCAGCACCGAGCGACUUGACCUCAACAACAACAACCUGACCAAAAUCACAAAGGCCGACUUUGCAGGGCUCAGAAAUCUUCGAGUGCUACACCUGAUGGAGAACAGGAUCAGUGUAAUUGAGCGAGGAGCAUUUCAGGACCUAAAGGAGCUGGAGAGACUGCGCCUGAACAGAAACAGUCUGCAGGUUUUUCCAGAGCUGCUCUUCGUCACGACAACCAAACUGAACAGACUGGAUCUGAGUGAGAAUCAAAUUCAAGGCAUUCCAAGAAAAGCGUUCCGAGGAGCUACAGAGAUCAAAAACCUGCAGUUGGAUUAUAAUCAAAUUUCAUGUAUCGAAGACGGAGCAUUUAGAGCUCUGCGGGACCUGGAAGUGCUAACACUGAACAACAAUAAUAUAUCUCGCUUGUCAGUGGCCAGUUUUAACCACAUGCCCAAGCUCAGGACAUUUCGCCUUCACUCCAACAAUCUCGUCUGUGACUGUCAUGUGUCCUGGCUCUCUGAUUGGCUGAGACAGAGGCCCCGCCUCGGCCUCUACACUCAGUGCAUGGCUCCGCCCUCCAUGAGGGGACACAACGUCGCCGAGGUUCACAAGCGAGAGUUUGUCUGUACCGGUUCCGUGUCUCACUCCUCCUGCAGUGUCCUUCAGUGUCCUGAGUUUUGUUCCUGCAGUAAUAAUGUAGUUGACUGUAGAGGAAAAGGUCUGACUGAGAUUCCCACCAACCUUCCAGAGACCAUCACAGAGAUUCGUCUGGAGCAGAACUCCAUCAAGAUCAUCCCACCUGCAGCCUUCACACCUUACAAACGUCUCAGGAGGAUUGAUCUGAGUAAUAAUCAGAUAUCAGAAAUGGCUCCAGAUUCCUUUCAAGGCCUUCGUUCUCUCAACUCACUGGUUUUAUACGGGAAUAAAAUCACUGAACUUCCUAAAGGCUUGUUCGAUGGACUCUUCUCUCUACAACUACUGUUAUUGAAUGCAAAUAAGAUCAACUGUCUGCGUGUGGACGCCUUCCAGGACCUGCAGAACCUCAACCUGCUCUCUCUGUAUGACAACAAGCUGCACACCAUCGCGAAGGGGACGUUUGCAUCACUGCGCGCCAUCCAGACACUACACCUGGCCCAGAACCCUUUUGUGUGUGACUGUCAUCUGAAGUGGCUGGCUGAUUACCUGCAGGAGAACCCCAUAGAGACGAGUGGGGCGCGAUGCACCAGCCCACGCCGCCUCGCUAACAAACGCCUCGGACAGAUAAAGAGCAAGAAGUUCCGCUGCUCAGCUAAAGAACAGUAUUACAUACCAGGUACUGAGGAUUACCGCACUAAGCUGAGUGGAAGUUGCUUCGCCGAUCUGGUGUGUCCUGAGAAGUGUCGCUGUGAGGGAACAACCGUUGACUGUUCAGGACAAAAACUCACCAAGAUCCCUGACAGCAUCCCACAAUACACUGCAGAGCUGCGUUUGAACAAUAAUGAGUUCACCGUGUUGGAGGCGACGGGCGUGUUCAAGAAACUCCCACAACUGCGCAAGAUUAACUUCAGUAAUAAUAAGAUCAGUGAUAUAGAGGAGGGCACUUUCGAGGGAGCGAAUGGAGUGAACGAGCUCAUACUGACCAGCAACCGUCUGGAGAACGUUCACUAUGGCAUGCUGAAGGGUCUGACGGGUCUGCGCACACUGAUGCUGCGCAGUAACAAGAUCAGCUGUGUGAGUAACAGCAGCUUCACCGGCCUUAGUUCAGUGCGGCUGCUCUCUCUCUAUGAUAACCUGAUCACCUCCAUCACCCGGGGAGCCUUUGACACACUCCACUCCCUCUCUACACUAAACUUGUUGGCCAAUCCGUUUAACUGUAACUGUCACAUGGCCUGGUUGGGGGAGUGGCUACGGAAGAAACGCAUCGUCACAGGAAACCCUCGCUGCCUAAAGCCCUACUUUCUGAAAGAGAUCCCGAUUCAGGAUGUGGCUGUGCAGGACUUCGCCUGUGAGGAUGGUGAUGAUGAGAAUAGCUGCUCUCCUUCGGCUCGUUGUCCAUCGGAAUGCUCGUGCCUGGACACAGUGGUGCGCUGCAGUAAUAAAGGACUAAACACACUGCCCAAGGGUAUCCCUAAAGAUGUCACUGAGCUCUAUCUGGAUGGAAACCAGUUCACACAGGUUCCUCUGGAGCUCUCCAACUACAAACACCUCACACUGAUUGAUUUGAGCAAUAACCAGAUCAGCACGUUGUCCAACAACAGCUACAGUAACAUGUCUGAGCUGCUUACACUAAUCCUAAGCUACAACAGACUGCGGUGUAUUCCAGCUAAAGCCUUUGAGGGCCUUCGAUCUUUGCGAUUGCUGUCUUUACAUGGUAAUGACAUUGCUGUAAUUCCUGAAGGAGCAUUUAAAGAUCUCUCCUCUCUUUCUCAUCUUGCUCUCGGGGCGAACCCUCUCCAUUGUGACUGUAACAUGCAGUGGCUCUCUGACUGGGUGAAGAGUGGAUAUAAAGAGCCGGGUAUCGCUCGGUGCGCUGGGCCUAAAGACAUGAUGGACAAACUGCUGCUCACCACACCAUCCAAACUGUUCACCUGUACAGGUCCAGUAGACAUCAACAUCCAGGCAAAGUGUGAUCCAUGUUUGUCCAGUCCGUGCAAAAAUAAUGGCACCUGCACCAACCAUCCUAUUGACUUCUAUAGAUGUACCUGCCCAUAUGGAUAUAAGGGUCAGGACUGUGAGGCUCCUAUCCAUGCCUGCAUCAGUAACCCGUGUCAAAAUGGCGGAACGUGCAACCUAAAAGACGGAGCUGAGAACACACACUGGUGUGUGUGUCCCGAGGGCUUCGAAGGAGAUUCAUGUGAGAAAAACAUCGAUGACUGCGAAGACAACGACUGUGAAAAUAACUCCACAUGUGUGGACGGAAUUAACACUUACACCUGUCUCUGCUCAUCUGAGUACACAGGGGAGCUGUGUGAAGAUAAGCUGGAUUUGUGUUCUCCGGAGCUGAGUCGGUGUCAACACGACUCCAAAUGCGUCCUGACUGCCCAUGGUUUCAAGUGUGAGUGCACUCCAGGUUACUCGGGAGAGCAGUGUGAGCUGGACAUCGAUGAUUGUGCAGAUAACAAGUGCAAAAACGGAGCGCAGUGCUUCGACGCUGUCAACGGAUACACGUGUGUGUGUCCUGAGGGCUACAGUGGAUUGUUCUGCGAGUUCUCUCCCCCCAUGGUGCUGCCCCGGACAAGUCCGUGUGACGAUCACGAGUGUGAGAACAGUGCGGAGUGUGUGGUCAAGGGGGCAGAACCGGUGUGUGUGUGUCUCCAUGGUUACGAGGGCACACGAUGUGAGCGACUCAUCAGCGUGAACUUCGUCAGCCGAGACGCGUUCAUCCAGAUUCCCUCUGACACACAAUACACUAACAUCACACUCCAGAUCGCGACAGACGAGGACAGUGGAGUGUUACUGUAUAAAGGCAGCGGUGAACAAAUGGCUGUCGAGCUCUACAGAGGACGAGUGAGAGUCAGCUACGACACGGGGACCAUUUACAGUGCGGAGACGGUGAGUGAUGGAGGUUUCCACGUGCUGCAGCUCACAGUGACGGACCUGUCUGUCUCUCUGUCUAUUGAUGGAGGGAAACCUAAAUCUAUCUCUACUGCACGGAGAACGAGUGUAGGAUCUGGAGCGUCAACGCUCUACCUGGGAGGCGUCCCUGUGCAGUCGUCCAUCUCUCCGUUCAGUAACGGCUCCAGUUUUCACGGUUGUCUCCGUCAUGUCUACAUUAACGAGCAGCUGCAGGAUUUGUUGCGUUUCCAGCGGGAGGGUGUGAUCCCUGGGUGCCGCUCGUGCCAGCCGAGUGUGUGUGUGCAUGGCCAGUGCCACGUUAACUCACGUGAUGCACGUGACGCGUAUACCGACACUCACUCAUCAUUCAGCUGCGAGUGUGAAGCAGGCUGGACCGGACCAUUGUGUGACCAGCCACUCAACGACCCCUGUCUGGGCAACAAGUGUGUGCGUGGCACUUGUGUGCCCAUUAACUCGUACUCGUACAGGUGUGUGUGUGCGCCAGGCUUCGUGGGCGUUCUGUGUGACGAGCGCAGCGUCAGUGUGUGUGAGUGUAAACACGGACACUGCCGCCUCUCCGGCCUCGGCACAGCGUACUGCGAGUGUAACGCUGGAUACACCGGGCCGCUGUGUGACAAAGAGAUGGAGUGUAGGGGUCACAGGCUCCGGGGUUAUGUUCAGCGGCAGCAGGGCUACGCUGCGUGUCAGACCACGGAGAAAAUCUCACGCUUAGAAUGCGCAGGGCACUGCGGGGGCGGGGACUCGUGUUGCUCCGCCCUCCGCACCAAAACCAGGAAGUACACGUUCCAGUGCACAGACGGCUCCUCGUUCAUCCAGGAGGUGGAGAAAGUGGUCAAAUGUGGCUGUACGAAGUGUCCAUCCUAAAACAGAGUGAGAGAGAGAGAAAGAGAGAGGCCCCGCCCCUUCCUCUUCACACUUCCUGUCCUCAUCUUCCCUCCACUUCGUCUCCUCUCCUCUCCUCUCCUCUCCUCCCUGUUUUUAUAUAAAUGUUCACAUAUUUUCCGUUUCGGACUGAUGAUCGCUUCCCUCAGACGAGAAGAUGGAUUAUUGUAAGAUACAGAACAAAAAAAAAACUAUUUUUUAUUAUCAAGGACAAAAAAAGUAUAGAUUUUAGAUUAUUUUGUUGGUUUUCAUUUGCAGUCCUGAAAGAACUGUGAUUUUAUUUGUUUGUUUACCUUUUUCAUUUUAUUUUUUUAUUUUUUAUUUUAUUUUAAAUUUUACUCAACAACACCUCAGUGAAGAGCGGAGAGCAGUCUGCUUUUCCGUACGGGUUUUUGGACUAACUCACUUUUUUCGACAUGGGGGAAAAUUAAUACCGUCAACACACACACACACUCACACACACACUCACACACACACACAAACACGCCUGUUUUUGCCACAUGAUCGGUGUCCAUGGACCAACAAAAGUGUAGCUACUUCAGUCUAAAUAAAUCUCAGUGCUCAGAAUAGCAGAUUGUAGUCACACAAGAGAAAAUGAGCUAAACUCUCCGCCGCUAUGAACAGAGCACAAUGCUAACGUUCAUGCUAACUGCAGCGGCUAUCUAAUGUUAAGAAGAGUUUGCUAGCAGGCUAAUUCUCAUCAAGUCAUUCUGUUGUGUGAUUGAGACCAGGUCCUCUAGCUGAUUAUUUUUGUUGACCCAAAGACACCUGUCAGUCAGAAACAUUACACACACACACACACACCCUGUGUAAACCCUGUGUAUUUAUUGUCUGAACCACUCUUUCACAGUACUUCCCUGUUUUUAUCCACAGAGUUACAGCCAAUAUAAACUUAUAUUAAUUUAUAUUUGUCCUGUUAACAGCGUAGCUUAAACACACACACACACACACACAUAUUAGCGUGCUGUAACGUAGAACAACUAACGGUGGUUGACUCGACCAACGAGACGUAAGUCAUGUUUAUAUAUAAAACCUUUAGUGGUGUUUCAAACCUUCAAAAUGUGAAGUGUAUAUUUUUGUCCUUAAACUUUGUUACAGUGUCAGAGAUGGACUUUCCUGUUAGCCGAGAACCGUGUAGCCCCCCCACCCCACCCCCCAUUCUCGUGUAUUCGACCUAAAACACGCGAUAUGUAGUGACCGAGUAACGCUAGCUCCACUAGGAGGCGCUCUAUGUGCCUCUUAAGAUGUUUCUCCUUAUAAAUCUCGAUUUAACUAGAACGUAAAAGCUGUGAGUAUUUUUAUCUAAAUGAUACGUUAACCCCGCCCACUCUUCCUCUUCCUGUUAACACGUUGCUGCUAAACUGGUAUCGUAGACUUUGUGUCACGAUUAGACGUGUGCCGAUAUUACAGAGUUGUCAUCGCGUCACGGUAAUCGCAUGUCAGGCUGCGUAUCUCGAGGUUCAGGGUAAGUAACAUUGAAAUAUUUUUUAAAAUCUUCUAGAAUUAUCGAAUCGGUGCGACCCGUCCGAAUAACGGCAUCCAAAAAUAAACAAAUUGAUCAUUUUACAAUUCAGCAAACGCAGCGGCAGCGCCAUCACUUCAUACUAGAAGUUAUAUAGCGUGCUAGCAAACUUUGGAAUAGUUUACCUCAGGAAAACGUGAUCGAACACGUCACUAAAAUGAUGGAUUUGACAAACAAAUUGAAAAUUCUACGGUUAAACUAAAAGAGCUCAAACAGGAUUAGUUUCUGUAGUGAUUAUAGAUUCUACUGGCUCAGAUAGCUAGUUCAAUACUUAAAUAACUAACAGCUACAAACAGUUACCUCGUAUCCAAAAGGGAAUUCACGAAUAUAACCAGUUGGUAAUCCAAUUAACUAGUAGUUAGUUAAUAAAGCUUGCUAGCUAUAUAGAUCUAGCUUGCUAGUUGCAAUGCUGCCUGGAUUGCACAUGAAUUCUAUGUUCUUCAAACAGACGUUAUAAUUGAAAGAGUAUAGAAAACCUCAGCUGCUGGACUGAUAGCGUACGGUUCAUACGUCUGUCACACUUUUAUCCGAGUGAGGAAAACUCAAAAAGAGAAGAGUCCACGAUAAUAUCCUGUUUGACUAUCCAGACAUUAUCCUGUUAUAGAUUAUCGGCACAUGUCUAAUCGUGACGAUGAUGAUGAUGUUGAAGAUGAAGAUGAUGAUGGUUAUUCAGGUGGUAAUGAUGAUAUGAUGGUGUGUAUUGUAGAGGACAGUGCUUGUACACGGAUGAGCACAUUAUCUUACUGAUCUUUAAAUAAAAAUGUUCCUUCCUUGUA